GUACAUUUAUUCGGUUCAUAACACUAAAUGUUAACCUAAAAAAACACAAGAACAAACAGUUCCAACAUACAUAAAAAAAAUGUCCUGCUAUUCAAGUGAAUCAGAAUGGCCAUAUUACCAACAUCAAAUACAGGAAUUCCAUGACACAAAUAGUCAUACUUAUGCUCAUAAAUCAACAUCUAAGAGAAAGUCUAGGGCAUCCAAAAGGUCACCUGUUACGGUGUUAAAUGCUGAUGCAUCGAAUUUUCGAGCGUUGGUGCAACAGUUAACCGGUCGCCCUAGUGCACCUGCUCGACUCAGGGCGCACAAGGGUCCGUUAACAAUUAAUUUUAGAAGAGCAAAAGUGCUCGAUGAAUCGUAUGUUUCAUCUAUUCCAAUUGGUUAUGGUUCGAGUCAGUGUCACCCGACUCAGUUUCAUCAAAGAAAAGAGCGAAAACUAAAUGGUUUUGAUGAUCAUGAUAGAAAUGUGGCCGUGUCAUCAACAAGUAGUGUGCAAAGUAAGGCGUGUUUUCCGGUGACGGAUGUUGGAAUGGAUUGUUGGGAAGAUUUUGAUGAUGAUCUUGUUGAUGAAUGUAUAAGAGAAUUAAUUGGUGAUGGUAUUUGAGGAUUUUUUGAUUAUACUUUCAUUGUUUCUAUAACUUUGCCACACUUUUAUUUCUUUUAGAGAAAUGUCUACAUCUCUCCUCUACAUGUUUCAAUAUCUUCUUUAUUAUCAGCCGCACAAUUCAAAUGAUCCUACAAUUUCUUAACUUUUGUACAAAGUUUCGAAUCUAAAAGAUACUUGGGAAGUUGGGAGUAAAUUUGUAUGAUCAAUAAAUUACGUUUGGACGUAAUAAUAAAGAUGAAGAAGACACAUCAAUGUUUCUUUGUUCAAAUUUUCUAAUAUCUAAUUCAUUGCUCUUACACUUUUUGUUGAGAAGUUAAAUUUCUUCUUAAUCAGCGGUUCUUAUUUAUGUGAAAUAGUAUGUGGUAUUUACAAUUAAAAAUUAAGUAAAAAUAAUCUUUUUCAAUUACAUGAAUAAGAUUGUACAUAUUCAACUUACUAUACGAA